UGCACGUACUACACCAUAUCUAUAAAUAAUCACUCACACAAUGUUACUCGAUGGAUAUGGGAACAUUUUGAGACGUGGCAAUUCAGAGAUGUAGCGGAUGAAGGAAUGCUGAAACGCUGCUGCUGCUUCUUGAUAGCUUUCGCUGAUUUCGGCAAUUUCUUCCCAUCAGGUUCUAACGAAUUCGAGUUUCUGAGCAGCAAUAAUGCCAGGAGAGAAGAAAAUUCGGCACUCUGAGAUCGAGUUCUACUUGCGGAGAACGUUCGGAAAGUCCAGCUUUAGGCCAAUGCAAAAGGAAGUUGUCUGUGCUGCUCUCGAGGGCCAUGAUAUAUUUCUACAGGCUGCAACGUCGUUUGGCAAGAGUUUGUGUUAUCAGCUACCUGCUGUCGUGGACUUUGGGCUAACACUGGUGGUUUCACCGCUGCUGGCUCUGAUGAACAACCAGAUCUCCAUCUUGCGUGAAUCGAAUGUCCGCGUCGAGUCGAUCAACAGCGCCGUGUCUGCGGAAACACGUAAGGCCAUCAUGGCCGAUCUACAAUGCGGGCAUCCCAAGACAAAGUUGCUGUACGUGACCCCCGAAUUCUGCGCCAUGGACCACUUUCGAAGAGUGCUUCGCAUUGUACAUAGUCAAAAGGAGCUUGCUCGCAUAGCCAUCGACGAAGCUCAUUGCAUCAGUGAGUGGGGCCAUGACUUUCGCCCAAAGUUCCAAGAAUUGCGGUUCUUCAAAGACCAAUUUCCAGACGUACCGAUGAUAUGCUGUACUGCUACUGCAACACAAAGGGUGCGUGAAGAUGUUGUGUGCAUGCUUGGGCUCAGCCCGAACAAGGUGAAGGUCUUCACGAUGACGACUUGUCGUCCAAAUCUGCACUACGAAGUGCGAUUCAAAUCCGACGAAACCGAUCAAUAUGGCGACUUUAUAAAGUGGCUGAAGGCUACACACGCUCGUCGUGCUUCGUCCCAGCGUGCUGCACAGCUUGCUCAAUCUAACGAGCGUCUUGAUAACGUGAGCGGAAUCAUUUACACCAUAUACCGUAGAGAUUGCGAGGCUCUUGCAGAACAGCUGCGACGCGACGGUAUUGGCGCACGCCCCUAUCAUGCUGGUCUAAGCAAUGAAGAGAAGGACAGAAACCUCGCAGGCUGGGUAGCGAACAUGGAAGGCUACGAUGUCAUCGUCGCGACAACGGCUUUCGGCAUGGGAAUCGACAAGGAGGACGUUCGUUUUGUUGUGCACUGGCAGAUUCCCAAGUCUUUCGAAGGCUUCUAUCAAGAAGCCGGACGAGCAGGACGAGAUGGCAAAGCGAGCGUGUGUAUAAUGUACUACUCGCGCGAGGAUGGGGCACGUGCCUUCCAGCUCUUGGAUGCCGAUGGCCAGCGAAAGCAGAACAGCGUAGCCAAAGGAGCUACGCACGCGGUCGACCACAUUCAGAUGAGAAAGGCAAGCCUGACGGCGUUGGUGAACUACUGCGAAGAGGUGGGAAGGUGUAGACACCAAAUGAUCUGUGAUUAUUUUGGGGAGGAGAUUACGGCGCCAUGUGAUUACGCAUGUGACUGGCACAAGUAUGGUGACAAGCUAGCUAGCAUCAAGGACCGUGUCCUUGUCUCCGAGGAGUGGGCCGACACGCAAACGCAAGCAGGAGCUUAUGCUGUUCGCAGCGAUGACUAAAUACUCUGGGCGAAUCGUCAUUAGGCCGAGGAGGGCGGCGCAACACGGCCUUGAAGCGUAGGGAGAGGACGGGAUGACAGUCGACAGUACAAUAUGUCCAAAGCAGGUGUUCCAGGGCUCGAUUGCUGAUGGUCUAGGUGUUCUCUAAGCAUGAUGCUUCAAAGUCAGUCCAGCGAACGAGUUGAGACCAACGGGCAGUUCCAAGUCAGACGUCAAAGGAUUCAGGGUAAAGACGAACGGAUACCAUGACUACCCGGAUGCAUUACAAUGGAUCUCUCAAUCUGCCGCGAGCUCCACGAUUUCACAGAAGAAGAAGAAGAAGAAGAAGAAGAAGAAGAAGAAGAAGA